AGGAAGUUCUUUUACCUCCAUAUGUGAAUAGCUAAUCUGGUGUUCCCUGAUUUUUCGGGCGAGGGUUUUGGGGGUUAUCUAAGGGAGGUGUUAUCUGGACGAGGAGAAACGAGGACAAGUUGAAUUUUCUACGGAGCGGAAAGGGUUCGACUUUGACAGAUCUGAAGACUCGAUCAGGCAAUAUUUAAGGUCGGCUACAUCUUUGCUUUCAAAACAAAAGAUUUGACGACAAUUAAAGUAUUGUUGGUUAGACAACCAAUCUCCUAAUGGAAUCAACAAUCGUAGAGGAAAUUGAUGAAAGUGAGAGAGCAGUAGAGGCUGGUGAUGAUGGUGGAAGACGAUCGCUCCAGGGUAGUGCAAGGUAUGAAAUAAAUGAGAAUGCAAUUGAGAUGGGAUUAAAUGGUGUGGGAGUGAUGCCAAAUGAUGCUUUCAUUAAUUCUUACCCACAUGGAGAUCCUACAUGGACCGCAACUUUUCUUGUAUCACCAUUGCCUUCCGAUAUUAUUGCACCUCCUUUGUCAAACCACUCUUCAAUGGUUCUAAAAGAAGAAGAUGCAGAUAAAAGACAACACCAUCAACACUCACAAAAGCAGGUUAGUCAAGAGAAAUGUUUAUGGGUCAUGGAAUAUAUAUUGGUCCUUUCUCAUCUCGCAAUAUUUGGGAUUAUUGGGAUCUUCAUAAGGUUUGCAUUACAAAUCUUAUUUGGUCCAGAUGUGGCAAAUGUGACAAAUAAAUAUAGUGCUCUUUAUCUUGAUCUUCCUUCAAAUAUGGUUGGAAGCUUUUUCAUGGGAUGGGUUGGAGUUGUAUUCAAAAAGAAGAUUUCUAUUUUCUCAGAAGCAUUAGCUAUUGGACUAUCAACAGGAUUGAUGGGAAGCAUUACUACUUUUACAUCUUGGAUUCAAGAAAUAGUAAACUUAACAACUAAAGGAUAUUGGGUACAUGGAAUUAUUGGUCUUCUUUUAGGAAUGGAAUUGGCCCAAAUGUCACUUACUUUGGGGAUUGAAUCUACUAAGUUGAUUGCAUAUGUUCAUAGUAAAAUCAAGAAGCAACAAGUAGCCUUCACAUGGAUCUCAUCCUUUGAAUACAAUCAAUACAGCUUAUUUGGUUUUAUCAUGCUUAUGUUCAUAAUUGGAAUACUAUGGGGAGGAAGCCUUGUUUUAUCAGUUUUUGAUUUCACAUCCCACCAUAAGACAAAAUUAUGGAUGGCUUGUCUAGUUGGACCAUUUGGAGUAUGGAUAAGAUGGUAUAUGGCACGUCUCAAUGGACAAGGAAUUGGAGCACAAAAGCGCUUAAAGUGGCUACCAAUGGGAACAUUACUUACAAAUCUCAUAGCAAGCAUCAUUAUGGCUACAUUAUCAACAAUUCAUCUAGUGGUUAAGGAUGAUAAUAGAAAAAAUGUGUUAGAAGGCUUUGAACUUGGGUUUUUAGGGUGCUUGAGUACCGUGUCUACAUUUGUUGUAGAAGUUCGAGCCUUGCAUCAAAGUAGCCAGUCUUGGAGGGCUUAUGCAUACAUAUUAUUAUCAUUGUUUCCAGCAUUUAUUUUUGGAACUUUAAUAUACUCAAUACCAGUAUGGACAAAAGGAUACUCUCAAACAUGAAAUAUUAAAUUCCAACAAUUUUGUUACAAAAUUUCUCCCCCAUGAAUCUUUUUUAUCAAUAAAAAUUUAAAUUCAAUGGUUUA